AUGCUGGCAAAACGCCUCUUUCAAAAGGCCGCUGCCGCUCAUCUCCGGCAUCAUCACCAGCAUCCGGAAAAUUCAAGUAGUAGCCUUACAUCAUCCGAUGUGGAUUUGCAUAUCAUCCUACAUUAUGGUAUCCCACCUACGGCAUCCAUUCUUGCUUUUGAUCCUAUCCAAAACUUAUUGGCUAUUGGAACAUUGGAUGGUAGGAUAAAAAUAAUUGGCGGUGAUAAUGUUGAAUGCCUUUUUGUUUCUCCUGAGAAACUUCCCUACAAAUAUCUGGAGUUCAUUCAAAAUGAAGGCUAUUUGAUGGGCAUAACUACUGAUAACAAUAUUCAGGUUUGGAAUCUAAGAAGCAGGUCCAAGACAUGCAAUUUACACUGGGAAUCAAAUAUCACUGCUUUCUCAAUCAUCUGUGGGUCCACUUUCAUCUAUAUUGGUGAUGAACAUGGGGUGGUUUCUGUACUGCUCUAUGAUGAGGAAAAAGCGGAGCUUUUGCACUUGCCUUAUAAAUUACCCUCAGAGGCAUCUCAAUUUCCACUUCUAGUUCAUCAACCCGUUGUUGGAGUUCUUCCCCAACCUUGUUCUUCUGGAACUAGAGUAUUGAUUGCCUAUGAAAGUGGACAAAUCAUACUGUGGGACAUUCUUAAAGCUCAGGUUGUCGUUGUAAGAGGUGAAAAGGUCCUUCAGUUGAAGAAUGAAAUUGAUUCUCCUCAAACUGUUGAUUCUACCCCGGUCGGAGAUAAGUCUCCUCAAUUAGAGGAGAAAGAGAUAAGUGCUGUUUGUUGGGCAUCAUGUGAUGGAUCUAUUGUUGCGGUUGGAUACGUUGAUGGGGACAUCUUAUUGUGGAAGACAUUUACAUCUGUUCCUGGCAAAGGAACAUCGACUUCACCAAGUAGCAAAAGCCAACAAUCAGGAUUAUCUGACAGCAUUGUGAAACUGCAAUUAUCUCCUGCUGAAAAGAGGCUUCCUGUGAUAGUUUUGCAAUGGUGGCCAAGUUGCAACUCCAAGCGAGAUGGUGACGGCCAGCUGCUUAUUUAUGGUGGAGACGAGAUAGGAUCCGAUGAGGUUCUAACGGUUCUCUAUAUUGAGUGGUCAUCUGGAAUGGAGACUAUCCACUGCUUCGCUCGUGUAGAUCUCUCUCUUCCUGGUUCUUUUGCGGAUGUUGCAAUAACGUCUGGGACUAUGGGGAGGGACAAAAAUGUUUCUCUCUUCAUUCUUACAAACCCUGGACGGUUACAAAUAUUUGAUGUUGCAAGCUUGUCUACCUCAGUAUCAGAACAGGGAAAGAAAAUGUCUGUCUCUGCUGUAGAUUUUCCCCCAGUUAUAUCAACUAGUGACCCUCUCAUGACUGUGGCAAGCCUAUUUUGUUUACCUACAGAUGGAAACUUGUCAAAGGCUUUCACAGAGGCGGCAAAGAAAUUUAUUUCAAUCAACAAGUUCUCUGACGCUAAAAGAUGGCCUUUGGCUGGAGGUGGAUGCAAUCACUUAUCAUCUAAUAAAGAUUACAGGAUUUUGAGAUUGUAUAUGGCUGGUUAUCAGGAUGGAUCUGUUCUGAUCUGGGAUGCCACUUAUCCAGUCCUUUCAUCCCUUUACACUUUGGAAAAUAAGAUUAGAGGUGUAAAUGUGGAUAUUUCAGUUGCCUCGAUAUCAAAACUGGAGUUCUGCAUCUAUACUUUUCGAUUGGCAGUUGGCGAUGAAUGUGGUCUGGUUAGAAAUGUUCCUGUGGUUUGGAUACUUUCCUCAAGAACGUGCAUGGGGUUCUUAUAUCUGUUUUCUUUUUUGUUGGAAUUAGUGCAGAUUCGUAUUUUCAGUCUCGUUGGCAGUGAAGAGAGGAACUUCCAUUUUGUUGCAGAAUCAACUCAUGAAGUUCAACAGUUGGCUCAGGAUCAUGGACCCAAUUGCAGAGCUGCAUUUAGUUUUUUUAAGUCCCGUGUUCAAGCAUUAAAAUUUACUAACAAUGGAGCUGAGCUUGCUGCUGGAUACAAUUGUGGACAUGUGGUGGUAUUUGAUAUGAAUGCAUUCUCAGUGACAUUUGUGAUUAACACGCAGUCCUGUCCAAUAUCACUGUGUGACGUCAUUUUAGAUUGUUGUGCUAAUAAUUUAAACUCUGGGUCGAAAGAUGGGAAAGAUCAAUGCAGUACCAAAGAUUGCAGAACAAUAUCUCCCAGGCAGAAGCAACAACUGGAUGAAGUUGUCACUAGUCAGACUGCUCAGGAGACCAUGACAAAUGCAGAUAGUAACUGUGAAGUGGAAAAAAGCCAGUCUUCAGAUAUCAAGUCCCCGGGGCAGCAUUUAGAUCAGUUGAUUGUCAUUCUUUGUUGUAAUGACAUUAUAUGUGUAUAUAGUGCAAAGUCAAUAGUUCAGGGAGACAAAAAAUCAAUCUCCAAAGUGAGGCUUACGAAGCCUUGUUUUUGGACAACAACUAUCAUGAAGGAUGGCAGAGUUUGUGGGCUGGUGCUACUUUAUUUAACCGGAGACAUAGAAAUCAGAUCUUUACCCAAUCUAGAAUUGUUGAAUGAGAACUCUUUAACAUCAAUUUUAAAAUGGAAUUUGAAGGCAAAUAUGGAGAGGAUGAUGAGUUCCACAGCUAAUGGGCAUAUUGCGCUGGUAAAUGGGUCGGAAUUGGCAUUCCUGUCUAUAUUAUCCAACGAGAACGAUUUCAGGAUUCCAGAAUCUUUGCCGGCUCUUCAUGAUGAAGUGGUUGCAGCUGCAGCUAAGGCUGCCACAAGCUUCUCUUCAAAGCACAAGAAAAAGCAAGGAAGCGGCCGUGGACUUCUACAUGGUAUAGUCAAAGGUUUUAAGAAAGAGAAAUUUAAUCCAAUCGAUUUUGCUUGGGAUUCAGAAUCAUUUUCGAGUCACUUGGUGGAAAUCUUUCUAAGGAACCUAUCCCCUAGUCAGCCACCAAUAUCGAAUGAAACUGAACUGGAUAUAGAUGACAUCGAAAUUGAUGAACCUGUGCUUGUGGAAUCUUCGUCCCGUGAAGUAGAAGGAAAAAGAGAUAAUAAAGCGGAUAGAGAGAAGUUAUUUGACGGUCGUGUUGCUGAUGUGAAACCCAGAGUCAGAACACCUGAAGAAAUCUUAGCAACCUACAGAAAAGCUGGGGAUGCUUCGUCAGUUGCUGGACAAGCAAGAAACAAACUUUUAGAACGCCAGGAGAAACUUCAGAGGAUUAGCAAGCGAACUGAAGAAUUGCGCAAUGGAGCUGAAGACUUUGCUUCUUUGGCGAAUGAGCUCGUAAAGGUGAUGGAAAAUCGAAAAUGGUGGCAGAUAUGA